AUGUUUUCUACAUCCACGCUCGUUACUGUACCUGCAUUGGCACUUGCAUGGCUUUAUGCCGAUUCGCUACCAUUUUCAUACGUCACACGUAUUUAUUCGCAUAUGCAUGAUAUCAAACGCAGAUUGGCAGCCAACAACAAUAAGCCUAUUCCUCUCUUUUCAACCGUGGUAGUCAAGCAUCGCUGCUGGUUCGAUGACAUUGAUCAAAAUUUACAUAUGAACAAUACGUAUGUGGGGACUUGGAAAGGCCUGUGA